AUGACGUCACUACUAUGCGUCGUCAUAUAAAGGUCGGAUCACAUUCCAAAUAUCAUUCUGAACAGAUCACAGCUCCAGAGCGGUUGUGUAGCAUAAACAUCCCUUCUGACAGUAUUUAGAAGGACUCAUUCUUUUACCGACAGGAACUUGGUGAGUAGCCUAUCACAGUCAAAAGCUGAAAUCAAAUCAGUUUUAAGAGACAAUCCAUAUUUUGAACUUGAUAAGAUUCAGUUAUCAGUCACCAGUCUUUCAGCUUCAGUAUUCAGAACUGGAAAACAGCCAAUUAAGCUAAAAUGCCUCUUAAGUUUUACAAAAACGAGAUCCUUACCGGGCGAUCUGGAGUUUAUAUUCUUAAGAAAUUUCUGGGAAAAGGUAAUUUUGGUGCAGUUUACAAGGGUUUAAAACAGGGAACAGAUGAAGCAGUGGCUCUGAAGUUUAUGGAUCGCCGUGACUCGGCUUUCGGAGAAGUCAUUAUAUUGGAACAUCUCAGAGAACUCCAGGCUCAUGAGAACGCCCUGAUUAAGUUCAUCGAUAACUUUGUUCACAAUGAUCGCAACUGUUUAGUGUUUGAGAUGCUGGAUAUGGACUUAUUUGACUUAAUGGAAAUUAGACAGAAAAAACCACUAGAUGUCAGUGAAGUUCGGGUGGUUGCCCGCGACCUGCUGGUGGCUCUGAACGCACUGAAGAAUGCUGGAGUGACUCACGCAGAUAUAAAACCAGACAAUAUUAUGCUGGUUAAUCAUCAGUCGCAGCCUUUCAGAGUCAAGCUGAUAGAUUUUGGGGUUGCUAUAGAAACAUACAAACUACGGCGUUAUGAUACCAUACAGGUGUGUGGUUUCAGAGCACCAGAGGUGAACUUAGGUCUCCCUCUGACUGAAGCCAUUGACAUGUGGGCUGUUGCCUGUACACUGGCCUUCAUCUUUCUUGGAGAUCAUAUUCACAAUACUAUUUGUGAGUUUAAAAAUAUGAGGCAGAUCUUUAAGCUCCACGGUCUGCCUGACCAGGAUUUACUUGGCAAGGGAACGAAAGUGGAUCGCUUUUUCAUUUUUGACCAGUCAAACCAAACUUGGAGGUUUAAAACACCACAGGAGUAUACGGAGAGGAUAAUCAUCGAUGGCGACAAACAUGAUGUUGCGUUAGACUCUAUCGAUGACUUUUUAACAAUUCAUCCAGAAAUACAAGACCCCUUUGAGUUAGAAGAUCUGCAGGCUUUCGUAGACCUCCUGAAAAAGAUGUUUACAGUGAAUCCCUCAGAGCGGAUCACUCCAGAAGAAGCUCUAAAUCACAGAUUUAUAACAAUGAGCCACCUUCCUCCUACCAGCAAUAACUCAUAUGUGAUAUGGGCAUAUAAAAAAAUGAAAGUUUAUCGAAUGGAGAAAGAAGAACCGAGCAUAUCCCCUGAUUUCAAUGUAAGACAGACUCCUGACAGAAAAUCAGAUCUCUCUGAUUUCAAUCCAUCUGAUUCUGAUCUGUCUGACUUUGAUUCAUCAGAUUCUGAUCUGUCUGACUUUGAUUCAUCAGAUUGUGAUCUGUCUGACUUUGAUUCAUCAGAUUCUGAUCUGUCUGACUUUGAUUCAUCAGAUUCUGAUCUGUCUGACUUUGAUUCAUCAGAUUGUGAUCUGUCUGACUUUGAUUCAUCAGAUUCUGAUCUGUCUGACUUUGAUUCAUCAGAUUGUGAUCUGUCUGACUUUGAUUCAUCAGAUUCUGAUCUGUCUGACUUGGAUACAGAUGAAGAAUCUAAUGAGCCAGCGAACACAUCAGAUUUUCAACUCCUUAAGAUUCAGGAAGCUAAUUUUGCAGAUAUGAAGUUGCACGAUUCAGAACUGGAAGGCAGCAGAAGAGACAGACUAGAUGAAACAUCGUUUGAAUUAUACAAAGAUCAAACAAUCACUGGGGAAUCAGGAGUUUAUAUUAUUCAAAAAUUUCUGGGUCGUGUUGCUUUUGGACAAGAGGUCAAGGGUUUAAAACAGGGGACAGAUGAAGUUGUGGCUCUCAAAUUUAUCCACAAAGACAACAGUGAAUCAGCUACCGCAGAAGCCACUAUAUUGAAACAUCUCAAGGAGCUCCAAGCUGACCAGAAGAACCUGAUCAAGUUAAUCGAUCACUUUGAAUUUAAUGACAGCCUCUGUUUAGUGUUUGAGAUGCUGGACAUGGACUUAUUUGGUUUACUUAAAACGAGAGAGUGGGAACCACUAGAUGUCAGUGAAGUUCGGGUGGUUGCCCGCGACCUGCUGGUGGCUCUGACCGCACUGAAGAAUGCUGGAGUGACUCACGCAGAUAUAAAACCAGACAAUAUUAUGCUGGUUAAUCAUCAGUCGCAGCCUUUCAGAGUCAAGCUGAUAGAUUUUGGGGUUGCUAUGGAAACACACAAACUACGGCGUUAUGAUACCAUACAGGUGUGUGGUUUCAGAGCACCAGAGGUGAACUUAGGUCUUCCUCUGACUGAAGCCAUUGACAUGUGGGCUGUUGCCUGUACACUGGCCUUCAUCUUUCUUGGAGAUUAUGUUCACAAUACUAUUUGUGAGUUUAUCAAUAUGAGGCAGAUCUUUAAGCUCCACGGUCUGCCUGACCAGGAUUUACUUGGCAAGGGAACGAAAGUGGAUCGCUUUUUCAUUUUUGACCAGUCAAACCAAACUUGGAGGUUUAAAACACCACAGGAGUAUACGGAGACGAUAAUGAUCAAUGCCGACGACUAUGAUAUUGCGUUAGACUCUAUCGAUGACUUUUUAACAAUUCAUCCAGAAAUACAAGACCCCUUUGAGUUAGAAGAUCUGCAGGCUUUCAUAGACCUCCUGAAAAAGAUGUUUACAGUGAAUCCCUCAGAGCGGAUCACUCCAGAAGAAGCUCUAAAUCACAGAUUUAUAACAAUGAGCCACCUUCCUCCUACCAGCAAUAGCUCAUAUGUGAUAUGGGCAUAUAAAAAAAUGAAAGUUUAUCGAAUGGAGAAAGAAGAACCAAGCAUAUCCCCUGAUUUCAAUGUAAGACAGACUGCUGACAGAAAAUCAGAUCUCUUUGAUUUCAGUCCAUCUGAUUAUGAACUGUCGGACUCAGAUCUCUCUGAAUUAGAAGAUUCUGACUCUGGUCUGUCUGACUUUGAUUUAUCAGAUUCUGAUCUGUCUGACUUUGAUUCAUCAGAUUCUGAUCUGUCUGACUUUGAUUCAUCAGAUUCUGAUCUGUCUGACUUGGAUACAGAUGAAGAAUCUAAUGAGCCAGCGAACACAUCAGAUUUUCAACUCCUUAAGAUUCAGGAAGCUAAUUUAUCAGAUAUGAAGUUGCACGAUCCAGAACUGGAAGGCAGCAGAAGAGACAGACUAGAUGAAACAUCUUUUGAAUUAUACAAAGAUCAAACAAUCACUGGGGAAUCAGGAGUUUAUAUUAUUCAAAAAUGUUUGGGUCGUGUUGCUUUUGGACAAGAGGUCAAGGGUUUAAAACAGGGGACAGAUGAAGUCGUGGUUCUCAAAUUUAUCCACAAAGACAACAGUGAAUCAGCUACCGCAGAAGCCACUAUAUUGAAACAUCUCAAGGAGCUCCAAGCUGACCAGAAGAACCUGAUCAAGUUAAUCGAUCACUUUGAAUUUAAUGACAGCCUCUGUUUAGUGUUUGAGAUGCUGGACAUGGACUUAUUUGGUUUACUUAAAACGAGAGAGUGGGAACCACUAGAUGUCAGUGAAGUUCGGGUGGUUGCCCGCGACCUGCUGGUGGCUCUGAAUGCACUGAAGAAUGCUGGAGUGACUCACGCAGAUAUAAAACCAGACAAUAUUAUGCUGGUUAAUCAUCAGUCGCAGCCUUUCAGAGUCAAGCUGAUAGAUUUUGGGGUUGCUAUGGAAACACACAAACUAUGGCGUUGUGAUACCAUACAGGUGUGUGGUUUCAGAGCACCAGAGGUGAACUUAGGUCUCCCUCUGACUGAAGCCAUUGACAUGUGGGCUGUUGCUUGUACACUGGCCUUCAUCUUUCUUGGAGAUCAUGUUCACAAUACUAUUUGUGAGUUUAUCAAUAUGAGGCAGAUCUUUAAGCUCCACGGUCUGCCUGACCAGGAUUUACUUGGCAAGGGAACGAAAGUGGAUCGCUUUUUCAUUUUUGACCAGUCAAACCAAACUUGGAGGUUUAAAACACCACAGGAGUAUACGGAGACGAUAAUGAUCAAUGCCGACGACUAUGAUAUUGCGCUAGACUCUAUCGAUGACUUCUUAAUGAUUCAUCCAGAAAUACAAGACCCCUUUGAGUUAGAAGAUCUGCAGGCUUUCGUAGACCUCCUGAAAAAGAUGUUUACAGUGAAUCCCUCAGAGCGGAUCACUCCAGAAGAAGCUCUAAAUCACAGAUUUAUAACAAUGAGCCACCUUCCUCCUACCAGCAAUAGCUCAUAUGUGAUAUGGGCAUAUGAAAAAAUGAAAGUUUAUCGAAUGGAGAAAGAAGAACCGAGCAUAUCCCCUGAUUUCAAUGUAAGACAGACUGCUGACAGAAAAUCAGAUCUCUUUGAUUUCAGUCCAUCUGAUUAUGAUCUGUCGGACUCAGAUCUCUCUGAAUUAGAAGAUUCUGACUCUGGUCUGUUCGACUCCGGUCUGUCUGACUUUGAUUUAUCAGAUUCUGAUCUGUCUGACUUGGAUACAGAUGAAGAAUCGGCAUUUGAAAAAAGGAAAGUUUAUAUAAUGUAGGAAGAGGAAACAAACGGCCCGUCACCUGAUUUCAUCGUGGGACAGACCGCUGACAACAAAUCAAAUCUCUUUGAUCUGAAUCUGUCUGAUAACAAUCUGUCAGACUCAGAUCUCUGUGAAUUAGAAGAUUCUAACUCUGAUCUGUCUGACUUAGAUACUGACGAGCCAGUGAACACGUGAGAAUUGGAUGUUGACAAGUUUCAGAAAGCUGAUUUAUCAAACUUUAAGCAGUACGAUUCGGAACUGGAAGCCAGAUGAAGAGACAGCCUAGAUGAAAUGUCAUUUGAAUUAUACAAUAUUUUCUUAGAUAAGUUUAUUUAGACAAGUGGUCAAGGGUUUAAAACAGGGGGCAGAUGAAGUCGUGGCUCUCAGAUGUGUCCACAAAGACAACACGGGAGCAGCUACCAGAGAAGCCACUAUAUUAAAACAUCUCAGGGAGCUCCAAGCUGACCAGAAGAGCCGGAUUAUGUCAGUCGAUCACUUUGAAUAUAAUAGGAGUGGCUGGAUAGGCCUAGAAAAAAAUGUGGGGUCUGCACUUCAGAUUAGUCAGUGUGUUAGCUCUAGUAGAGUUCAGCCUGUGGCGUUGCAUUGCACGUUCCUUUAUUCUUUCUCAUAAAAAAAAGCAAAAAGUCCAUUACACUCAGAUCAAAAUUGAAGAAUGCAAAAUUAGUUACACUACUGUGGAUACAGAGGAAGAUUCUCAGGAGGAAACUUCAAACUUAGCAUUCAAAGUUUUAACGUUUAGUGUUAGCGUUUAGUUUUAGCGUUUAGUUUUAGCGUUUAGUUUUAGCGUUUAGUGUUAGCGUUUAGUGUUAGCGUUUAGUUUUAGCAUUUAGUAUUAGCGUUUAGUUUUAGCGUUUAGUUUUAGCGUUUAGUGUUAGCGUUUAGCUUUAGCGUUUAGUGUUAGCGUUUAGUUUUAGCGUUUAGUUUUAGCGUUUAGUUUUAGCGUUUAGUGUUAGCGUUUAGUUUUAGCGUUUAGUGUUAGCAUUUAGUUUUAGCGUUUAGUGUUAGCGUUUAGUGUUAGCGUUUAGUUUUAGCGUUUAGUGUUAGCGUUUAGUUUUAGCAUUUAGUAUUAGCGUUUAGUUUUAGCGUUUAGUGUUAGCGUUUAGUUUUAGCGUUUAGUUUUAGCAUUCUAAAACUGGGUUAGGCCAUAACAGGGCUGGGGUUAGUUGGGUUAGUAAUAAAGUAAACAAACAAAAAAAUAAAUAAAAAAAAAUAAUCCUCUACUAUUAAUCGCCACCUUAUCGCGGUGUAGGGGUUUGCGUGCCCUGAUGACCCCAGAAGGUAUGUUGCCUGGGACUGUUUGUCCCUGUUAGGUUCUGCCAUGGCAACUGGGCUCUGGGUCAGGGGCCAGACUAAGAGCGAUUAAUUAAUUCUUAUUAGGACUACAAAAGCAGUGGAGAAAAACUCUCUCCAAGACUUUUUAAAUGAUUGAGUUUUAGUAGUUACGUAGUUGGUAUAAAAGAAAAGUUUUCACAGAAAAUAUUUUCCGUUAUCUAGAUCAGUGGUUCCCAACUUGACCCUCCAAAGGGGUCCCCACAACUGUGUCUGUGCUGAGGUUGUUGGGUUACAAAGAUUAUUUAUUAUUUGUAAAAAAUUACUUUUCUAAAAUCCCAAUUACACGCCCAACUGUGUAAUCAAAAAUAUGUAUAGGAGUUACAGCACCGCAUGUCUGUGCAGUUUGUAACUAAUCAUGUGUGAUGUGUGUUUGUAGAUGGGGUUGGGGGGGUCCUGGCUUGUUUUCAACACUGGUACGGGGGUCUUCAUGGUAAACAGUUGGGAACAACUGAUCUAGAUGAAAUAUGGUGUUUACUAAUUUAAAAACUGUAGAAAUUUUAAAGUAGUAUAUUUUAUUCUGAAAGUAUUUACAGGAAGUGCCAAUCAUCUUGUUUAACUUGAUAUAAACGCUGUGGUAACAGCUUCUGUCCGCAGGAGGGCGGAAACAUCCUUCAUCGUGAAAGUCAGACAAUGAAGGGUUUGCUUGUUUCAACCAUCGACAUGUGGUUUCUACCCAGUUGAUCUGAAAAAUUACAUAAAUCCCUUCAGUCAAAUGCUGAUUACAAAUAAACCAAUUAAAAAUCAAUUUAGACAGAAACAUGUAUACAAAAGUAUUUCUAUUUGUUAAUGCUUAUUUUGUGCAUUUGGUUUAGUUUUAUUUCUGAAUUUCAGAGGUUAUUUUUAAAGUUAUUGAUGAAACAAGGACCAGUAAGUAGACUGGAUGCGGUCAAAACUCCAGAAGAUGGCAGUAAUGCAGCUGUGCUGCUAAACAGCUCUUUAAUACCAGGACCAUUUAUCACGGUCCGUGGUGAGCCUCCUGCAUGUAACCUGUUUGUUCUGAGUAUUGUUGUAGGUGGGUGUGUCUGAGAGCCACCAGCUGCAGCUGAUCCCGUCAUCAAGGCCCAGGGGAUUUAAGGAGCAGCGUGACACUUCACCACGCCGGAUGAUUGCUCAGCUUUGGGUUUCACUCCACCCUCCACCAUCUCAAUACCAGCUCAGAUUCCUGCACUUCAUCUCAUGCUGUCUCCUCCCCUGGCCGCCCGCUCUCAGCCGCUCACCUGCACCCACCAAGCCUCUGCUCCUACCUCCUCUCAUAUUCGACAGCCCCUCCUCCUUCUGGAGCCUUCCUGCUCACCCGGACCUGACCUAGCCCUUCCAGAGGCUCUCACCACUAUCUACAUCAAAUCCUCUCCUGGAGCCUUGCUGCCAGCCUGCACGUCGCCUGUUCCCGUUCCUCUGAUUUAAUAAUAAAGAACGUUUUACUUA